GCUGAGCUGGGGGCGCAACUGAAAAUUAUUCUCCUAAAACCUCUCCCCAGCAUCUCGCCGACUGCAUCACGUUUUUCUGGCGUCGCAUCUCAUAUCUCUCUUUCCGCGGGAGUUUCUUUUCAUCUGUAUCACCAAUUCUUUUCUUAAUCGGUUCAUUGCCGCAGCCCUUCCUGGAUUGUUUAUUUUUAAUUGAUCCCUCACUAACGCGCAACGGACACAUCGGUUGUUGAUAUUUCCACCUUAAUUCCUCCCCUUUCGACAACCUUCGAAGCCAGCCUUCGCACAACAGCACCAUGGCUACCAUGACCGACUCCCUCCGAUCGGCCGUCUUCAGCAACCCCCUUGCCGCUGCGCUCGGUGAUGCCCUCAACUCCUUCUCGGAGCGCAGAGCCAAGCUUGGCCUUUCCAACCCCGGAACGAUAGAGACUCUUGCCAGAGAGGUCCAGCGCGAUGUCUCCCUCAACAACUUCAUGUUCACUGGCAUCCGUGCCGACCUGACCAAGGUCUUCAGCAUGGCUCCUCUCUUCCAGGUUUCUCACCAGUUUGCCAUGGGUGAGCGCAUUAACCCCUAUACCUUUGCCGCCAUGUACGGCACCUCAUCUGUCUUCUGCCAGGGCAACGUCGACAACGAAGGCUCCCUUUCCGGCCGCUUCAACUUCCGAUGGACCGAUAAGCUUGUUUCCAAGGCGCAGCUCUCCAUUUCUCCCGGCGGCCAGGACAUGGCUCAGUUCGAGCACGAAUACACAGGCGACGACUUCUCCUCUUCUCUUAAGAUGCUUAACCCCUCUUUCUUGGAGGGUGGCAUGACCGGUAUCUACAUUGGCAGCUACCUCCAGUCGGUUACCCCCAAGCUUGCUCUUGGUAUGGAGACUCUCUGGCAACGUCCUUCGCUGUCCCAGGGUCCUGAGUGUGCUGUUUCCUACUGCGCUCGCUACAAGUCUGCUGACUGGGUCGCUACUGCUCAGCUCCAGGCUGCCAUGGGUACCUUGAACACCACUUUCUGGCGCCGCCUCUCCGACAAGGUCCAGGCUGGUGUUGAUAUGAGCCUUGGACUUGUCCCCACUGCUGGUGGCAUGAUGGGUGGCGGUCUCCAGAAGGAGGGUGUUACUACCAUUGGUGCCAAGUACGACUUCCGCAUGUCUACUUUCCGCGCUCAGGUUGACUCCAAGGGCAAGAUCAGCUGUCUGCUCGAGAAGCGUGUUGCUCCUCCCGUCAUGAUGACCUUCGCCGCCGACAUUGAUCACUUCACGCAGCAGGCCAAGCUCGGCCUUGGUGUCUCUAUUGAGGCUGCCCCUGAGGAGCUUCAGGACCAAACUGAGGCUAUGGGCCCCCCUACCCCCCCUAACAUUCCCUUCUAAGCUUGCACGACAUGUGUAAAAUUAGGAGAUGCUGAUAGCUUUGGAGUGUUUUUGGCUUAAACAGCCGAUGUAAUAGGCUAGCUGCUACUGGGGUGAACGUGAAAACCGCGUGACCUUUCCGCCUCAGUUGGCAGCCUACGCCUUUGUAUAUUAAAAAUUCGCCUACUCUUUUUUUAUUUGUUUUAACAAAGCCCUAGCUCUUUGUUGGCUGGAGAAUAUUUUGCAUCUACCGGUCUACAAGGAAACGGAGGAAGGGAAAUUGCACUUUGGUUUCUGUAAGAAGUGGAGGAGACUUGUACAAGAUGAUUGUCAAGAAUAGUUGGAUGGAGAAAAAA